AUGCUCGAGGUCCUGGUCUUGAAGAUUGAAGAUCCAGGUUGCUUCUGGGUAAUUAUAAAAGGAUGUAGUCAUUUUUUGGAACAGGAAGUUGACUACCAAAAACUAAACAGUGCCAUGAAUGACUUCUAUAACAGCAUGUGUCAAGACAUAGAAAUAAAACCAUUAAUGCUGGAAGAAGGGCAGGUGUGUGUGGUGUACUGUCAGGAGCUGAAGUGCUGGUGCAGGGCUGUGAUUAAGUCAAUCAUCUCUUCUGCAGACCAUUACCUGGCAGAGUGUUUCCUUGUGGAUUUUGCCAAGUACAUUCCAGUAAAAUCUAAAAACAUCCGUGUUGCAGUUGAGUCUUUCAUGAAGCUUCCUUAUAGAGCAAAAAAAUUCAGACUUUAUUGUACAAAACCUGUGACAUUACACAUUGACUUCUGUGAAGACAAUGCUGAAAUUGUACCUGCCACAAAAUGGGACAGUGCAGCUAUCCAGUACUUUCAGAAUAUUCUAAGAGCAACUACGCAAGUAGAAGCAAAACUAUGUGCUGUGGAAGAAGAUACUUUUGAGGUUUACCUUUAUGCAACAAUAAAAAAUGAAAAAGUUUGUGUUAAUGAUGAUCUUGUUGCAAAGAACUUUGCUUAUUAUGUGUCACCCAUGGGGAAUAAAAACCUCAAUACUUUGGAGAAACCUAAGCUCAGUCUCAGUUCGGUGCCCUGCUCAAGUAAGCUCAGCCCAUCACUCACUCUGUGGCCAAUGCUUUUGCAAGGGAAAGACUGUCACGGAGUGGAAAAUUCACAGGGCUUAGAUUUUCUGGCACAGUCUCUCCGGCAUACAUGGUGUAAGGACGUUGUCAGCAACCUAGGACCACCUGCUGCAGAUAAAGCUGUAAACUGUAAGGAUUCCUUGGGAGACUCGCCUAAAAUGAUGUUUGAGAAGAAACAGCAGAGCCUCCCUUGUGUUGAAUCUUCAGUUUACUGGCCAACCAAAAGAGGCAUAACCAUACAUGCUGAUCCAGAUGUUCCAGCAGCAAGUGGGUUUACCCAGAAGCCAAAUGAGAAGCCACUACGGUUAACUGAAAAAAGAGACUGUGAUGAGAAGAAUGGCUGUGUAAAAUUACUGCAGUUUCUAAAUCCUGAUCCUUUGAGAGCUGAUGAGAUCUCUGACCUGCACCAGUUGCAGAAGGUGAAACUGGGAGCACUACAGCCUGGUGUGGUGCUCCGGAACAGGAUCGAGCCCUGCCUGACCAUGGAUAAGUCACCUCUGUCGGCAGACCUGAAGAAGGCUCUUCAAAAAAAUAAGUUCCCGGGACCCAGCCACACUGCAUCUUACUCUUGGCCUCCUAUUGCACGUGGCUGUGAUGUGGUGGUCAUUUCUCACUGUGGAAAUGACCCUUUGUUGUACCUGCCACCACUGCUCACGGUUUUGCAAAUGGGGGGCUGCUACAAGUCAUUACCAAGUAGAAAUGGACCUCUUGCAGUCAUCGUGUGUCCUGGGUGGAAAAAGGCCCAGUUUAUUUUUGAGCUAUUGGGAGACUGUAGCAUGUCCUCCAGGCCUCUUCAUCCUGUGUUAUUAACAAUUGGACUUCACAAAGAUGAAGCCAAAAAUAUGAAGCUUCCAAGGGGGUGCGAUGUGAUCGUCACGACUCCACACAGCCUUGUGAGGCUUCUCACAUACCGAAGCCUGUUAUUUCUUAGACUCUGCCACCUAGUUCUGGAUGAAGUGCAAGUACUGUUCUUCGAAGCUAAUGAGCAGAUGUUUGCCAUAUUAGAUAACUUUAAAAAAAACGUUGAAGUGGAAGAGCGGGAGUCUGCACCACACCAGAUUGUAGCAGUGGGUGUUCACUGGGACAGGCACAUCGACCACCUUGUCCGAGAGUUCAUGAAGGACCCGUACAUCGUGAUCACCGCCCUGGAGGAGGCCGCCCUCUAUGGCAAUGUCCAGCAGGUAGUGCAUCUGUGUCUGGAGUGUGAGAAAACCUCCACUUUACUCCAGAUUCUUGACUGUGUUCCAAGUCAGGCCCAGAAGACCUUGAUCUUCACCUGCUCUGUAGCGGAGACAGAAAUUGUAUGCAAGGUAGUAGAAAGCAAUUCAAUAUUUUGCUUGAAAAUGCAUAAAGAAAUGGCUUUUAACUUAAAAAGCAUUUUAGAACAGUGGAAGAAGAAGCUAAGUUCUGGCUCUCACAUUGUAUUAACCCUAACAGACGACUGCAUACCACUCCUGGCCAUCACCGACGCCACGUGUGUGGUUCAUUUCAGCUUUCCCUCCUCACCAAAAGUGUUUGGUGGACGCCUGUAUUGCAUGUCUGAUCAUUUUCAGAAUUUAACUGAACAGGGUUCUCCUGCAGAGCAGGGAGAUAAGAAAACUAAAUCUGUCUUGCUGCUGACUGAGAGAAAUGCAAGCCAUGCAGUUGGCGUCCUGCGAUACUUGGAGCGAGCAGAUGCCAAAAUCCCAUCAGAGCUCUAUGAGUUUACUGCAGGGGUCCUGGAAGCCAAAGAAGACAAGAAGGCCAGAAGACCUCUUUGUCCAUAUCUGAAGGCAUUUGGCUUUUGCAAAGACAAAAGGAUCUGCCCUGACCGGCACCAUGUUAAUCCAGAAAUGGACACCCCAAGGAAAUUAUCCAACAAAAUUCUGCCAGUGCUUGGACACAUUAGGAUAAUACCUUUUUACAUUUCAAAUGCAACCAAUUACUUUGGUCGUAUAAUUGAUAAACAAAUGGAUCUUUAUGCAACUCUCAAUGUGGAAAUGAAUGAAUAUUUUAAGGAUCCCAGUAAUAAGGCAGCUGCUGAGAAGGUGGAAAAUUUGGGGUUGUAUGGAUUAGAAGAAAAAACACUUUUCCAGAGGGUGCAGGUGCUGGAGGUGAGCCAGAAGGAAGACACCUGGGGUUUGGGGAGUGUCCUGGUGAAAUUCAUAGAUGAAGGCAGGACCAAGCUCAUUGCAAGAGAUCAGCUGCUGCUGCUCCCAGAGAAGUUCCACACUCUGCCCCCUCAGGCAGUGGAGUUCAUUGUUUGUAGAGUUAAACCAGCUGACAGUGAAAUUGAAUGGAACCCAAAGGUUACUAGAUAUAUUCAUCAUAAAAUUGUUGGGAAAAUACAUGAUGCCAAAGUGGUACUGGCUUUGGGAAAUACUCUGUGGAUUGAUCCAAUGGUGCAUGUUACAAAACUUUCAAAUCUAAAAACUUCUAUCAUUGAUUAUAAUGUUCGAGCUGAAAUUUUGUCCAUGGGAAUGGGUAUUGAUAAUUCAGAACAUGUAGAACAACUGAAAAAACUAUACAAAGAAGCUAAACUGCCGGCUUUCGAGGACCUUCCGGGCCAGACCUCGAUUCCUACCACAAUGGAAGACGCCAUGUGUUUGCGGGGUACUCAGCAAGGAGAUGGAGGUACCGAAAGAGAGGCCGAUUCCCAGGUGGACUCAGACAGCCAAAAGCCUGAAGUUUUAUCUGAGGACACUGGCAGAGCUGACCUCAGCAGAGCUGCACAGCCACAUGUGAAAAGCUUUCACCCACAAGUCAAGUGGUUCCAAAAAGAUGAUGUGCUCAUCUUAAAGAUAAAGAUAAGGAAUGUCAAGGAUUAUAAGUGCAAAUUCUUUACAGAUAGAGUCGUUUUCAGUGCCUGGGUAGGAAACAAGUUUUACUUGGCUGAUAUGGAACUUCAAGGUGACAUAAGGAAAGAUGAUUGCAAGUGCAUAAUCAAAGAUGACGAACCUCUCAUCACACUUGCAAAAGAGAAGAGGGCAUGCUGGUGUGGCCUCCUCAAGCAGAGGAAUCCUAACGUGGCUUUUGACUUUGACCACUGGGAGGAAUGUGAAGAGGACAGCCCCUUCUCCAAGGUUGUAACUUCUAAAAACCUGUCCUGCAAAGUGGCAGCCUUGGCCGAGAACAGCGGCAGCUCUUCAGACACUGCUGACAGCAGCGAGAGCGAAUGAGAGUGUGAAUUAUUCAGAAGAGUGAGAAGAUGAACAAACUGAUAAAGCUGUGUGACUGGAAGAUAAGGAAACAAGUCAUAUCUAAACCUUUCACCUUUGAGCGAACUAUCACUGUGACACUGGAAUGGAUGAUGAGAAACUCUUAAUUGACAUCAAUGAAAGUGGGGGGCAUACCAGCUGAUAGAUUAUGUUAAGAGUGUCAGCAGACAGUCCAGGAAUGCUCUGUAGUCAGAGACACAGAAAGUUAGGGACACUUUU